UAUGCAACAUGAAACAAUAUGCGUGAUAGUGGUUUAACAAUGUUUUACCACAUUCUAACGAAAUUACAAUGUUUGCGAAACUUACAUACCACACCUUUAAAAAAACAAUCAUAAAGAAACAAGCUGGUUUGCAACUGGUGAUGCUUUGAGUUUGGAAACUAAACUACCUAGCUCGCUAGACUUUAAUAGCCUAGUAAUACAAACUACCAAGCUCUAAGGCUAGCAACUAUUGGCCAAGUGUAGUAUAAACUACGGAGCUACAAGACUAGUACCUAUUAGCCUAGUAGAAGAAACUACCUAGCUUCAAGGCUAGCACCUCGUAGCCUGGUAGUACAAAGCAGAAAGCCCUCACGUCCAGCCGCAGCAGUCCGCACUCAGCCAGCAAGAGCGACUUAUGGACCGCCGUGUCUUCUCCGGAGUGACAGAGCCCCCGAAAGGCAAGUUUUGACCGUUGUUUAUGAACUUUGCGGAAAAAAACAACGAUUUUCUUAAGGAAAACAGCGUUGAUGUGUCUGAGUAACUGCUACGGAGAUGUUAGGGAAAUAUAACGUUACUAAGGGAAACACGGAACUACGACUAGGGUGACCCAAACACUCGAGUGUAAGAGUGAGAUGAUUAGAAACUUGUUGAUAAGCAUAAUGCGUCAUUUGAAAAAGAGAGGAGUUGCAUUAUCAAUUUGCAUUCUGCGUAAAUGUAUGCAGGAAGAAUAUUGCAUUCAUCGUAACAUCCGCUUCCAAUGUCGGCGAAAUCAUUAAAUAGUGAGCAUUGUGCUCGUCCACUCCACGCGUUUCUGUUAACUGCAGGACGCUGAAUGUCUGUUACUUCUCAUGUCAUUUAGCGUCCUUAAAAUAAUUGCUGUGAUUUGUUUGCAGCGCACAAUGCACGCAGAAGACGCUACCUGAUGUGCUUCUGCUACAAAAGAUGAUAUGGACUGAUUUUCUGCACAUGUAAUAACGCCACGCCGAUAGGCCAGGCAGGGAAUUGAAGGAAAGCCAGAAACAUCCAAAGUCCUUCCCCACACCGGAGAUUGACAGCUAACGUUAGUCCGUGUGAGAGUGUGCCUAUGGCCGAGUCUGGGGAGAACGACAGAGGUCUGCCUCCGUCGAGUACAGGGGAUCCACCCGUGCCUAGCGACGAGGGGACCGGCAAGACGCAUUGCGAAGCGUCGGUCUUGAACGGGGACUGUGGGAUAUCAUCAAAUAUGGUUGGGUCUGGAUCCAUCGCUGUACCUGGCAGUCAAGCUGGUCUUGAUGCCGCCAACACAUCGGUCGGAAUGGAUGCCAAAUCUGGAAUACCACGCCGGAGCAGUAUUAUCAAGGAUGGCUCGCGGCAGCGCAAAGAGAGGAAGAAGACGGUGUCCUUCAGCAGCAUGCCCACGGAGAAGAAGAUCAGCAGUGCCAGCGACUGCAUCAACGCCAUGGUGGAUGGCUCGGAGCUGAAGAAGGUGCGCUCCAACUCCCGCGUCUACCACCGCUACUUCCUGCUCGACGCCGACAUGCAGUCGCUGAGGUGGGAGCCCUCGAAGAAGGAGUCGGAGAAGGCCAAGAUUGACGUCAAGUCCGUCAAGGAGGUGCGGACGGGCAAGAACACGGACACGUUCAGGACCAAUGGCAGCUACGAUCAGAUAUCGGAGGACUGCGCCUUCUCGAUCAUCUACGGUGAGAGCUAUGAGUCGCUGGACCUGGUCGCGAAUUCCGCCGACGUAGCGAACAUCUGGGUGACGGGUCUGAGGUAUCUGAUCUCUUACGGGAAGCACACCUUGAACAUGAUUGAGAGUAUCCAGAACAGCAUGCGCUCCUCUUGGCUCGGGGAACUCUUCGAUGAGACCGACGUCCACAACAGUAAGCAGGUGAACAUAUGUGCAGCGGUGCAACUGGUGAAAAAUCUAAACCCGGGACUAAAAAAUGUAAAGAUAGAGUUGAAAUUCAAGGAGUUCCACAAAGCUAAGGACAAAACAGGCCCUGACGUGACCAAAGAGGAGUUCAUUGAAGUGUUUCAUGACCUCUGCACCCGACCAGAAAUCUAUUUCCUCUUUGUUCAGUUUUCCAGCAACAAAGAGUUUCUGGACACCAAGGACUUGAUGAUUUUCCUCGAGGCCGAGCAGGGCAUGGCUCAAGUGAGCGAAGAGACAAGCCUGGAGGUGAUACAGAGCUACGAACCGUCCCGAGAGGGCCAGCUCAAAGGCUGGCUUUCCCUGGAUGGCUUCACCAACUACCUUAUGUCGCCGGAGUGCCAUAUCUUUGACCCCGAACAAAAGACAGUGUGCCAAGACAUGAACCAGCCACUGUCUCACUAUUACAUCAACGCCUCGCACAACACGUACCUGAUCGAGGAUCAGUUCAGGGGGCCCUCGGACAUCACAGGGUACAUCCGGGCCCUUAAGAUGGGCUGCCGCAGCGUAGAGUUGGACGUGUGGGACGGGCCCGACAACGAACCGGUCAUUUACACCGGACACACCAUGACCUCGCAGAUCGUUUUCCGCACCGUCAUCGACAUCAUUAACAAGUACGCUUUUGUGGCGUCAGAGUUCCCGCUAUUACUGUGUCUCGAAAAUCACUGUUCCCUGAAGCAGCAGAGGGUCAUGUUCCAGCACCUGAAAAAGAUCCUGGGUGACAAGCUCUACCUCGACCCUCCAAAACCCGAGGAGCUCUACCUCCCCUCGCCCUUUGAAAUGAAAGGUCGAAUCCUGCUGAAGGGCAAGAAGCUCGGCACAAACGUCACCGGUUCAGAGGGUGAGGUGACGGAUGAGGACGAGGGUGCGGAGAUGUCCCAGCGGAUGACCAUCGAGUCUGGGGAACAGCAGACUCCCGCGCCCAAGAAGUUCCAGCUCUCCAAGGACCUCUCCGACCUGGUGACCCUGUGUAAAUCGGUGGAGUUCAAAGACUUCCCGACGUCCUUUCAGAACCAGAGGCCCUGGGAGCUGUGCUCCUUCAACGAGGUCUUAGCGAGCCGUUGUGCGAGUGAAUUUCCAGGCGAUUUCGUGAAUUACAACAAAAAGUAUCUGGCGCGCGUUUACCCCAGCCCGAUGCGGAUCGACUCGAGCAACAUGAAUCCUCAGGACUUCUGGAAGUGCGGUUGUCAGAUCGUUGCGAUGAACUACCAGACGCCCGGCCUCAUGAUGGACCUAAACAUCGGCUGGUUCCGACAGAACGGAAGCUGUGGCUACGUGCUGCGCCCGGCCAUCAUGAGGGAACAGGUGUCCUACUUCAGCGCCAACACCAAAGACUCUGUUCCUGGCGUGUCCCCACAGCUGCUGCACAUCAAGAUCAUCAGCGGACAGAACUUCCCAAAGCCCAAAGGCUCCGGGGCCAAGGGAGACGUGGUGGACCCCUACGUGUACGUGGAGAUCCACGGUAUACCUGCGGACUGUGCCGAACAGAGGACUAAGACGGUCACCCAGAACGGGGAGAACCCGCUGUUCGACGAGAGCUUUGAGUUCCAGAUCAACCUGCCGGAGCUGGCCAUGGUGCGCUUUGUAGUGCUGGACGACGACUACAUCGGUGACGAGUUCAUCGGCCAGUACACCAUCCCCUUUGAGUGUCUUCAGCCGGGCUUCCGGCACAUACCGCUGCAGUCUCUCACCGGGGAGUUGCUGCCCCACGCCUGGCUGUUCGUCCACGUGGCCAUCACCAACCGACGGGGGGGUGGCAAGCCCCACAAGCGGGGGCUGUCGGUUCGCAAGGCUAAGCGGAGCAGGGAGUACGCAAGCAUGCGGGUGCUGUUGAUCAAGGCCCUGGAUGACGUCUUCAAGACGGCCAUGGUUCCGUUGAGGGAGGCCACGGACCUCCGGGAAAACAUGCAGAACGCCAUCGUGCCCUUCAAGGAGCUGUGCGGCCUGUCAGCGGUGGCCAACCUGAAGCAGUGCAUCCUGGCACUCUGCCCCAGGCUCAUGGGCCCCGACGGUAGCCCCCUGCUGCUGUUCGACCUCGGUGACCAGUACCCCAACCUUGAGGCCCAAGGCGUGCCCCCUGAGGUCCUCAAGAAGGUGGUCACCACCUAUGAACUGAUGAUCCAAACGAGCAGGACUCUCCUGGAGAACUCGGAAGCCGUCCACGAGAGAAUCCUGCAGACUCAAAAAGCGGCGAUGGAGUUCCACGAGAACCUCCAGGAGCUGGCGGUGAAGGAGGGUCUGAAAGGGAGGAAGCUCCACAAGGCGGUGGAGAGCUUCACCUGGAACAUCACCAUCCUGAAGGGCCAGGCGGACCUGCUGAAGCACGCCCGGAACGAGGUGCAGGAGAACCUGAAGCAGAUCCACUACGCCGCCCUGACCUCCAGCCUCAGCAAGGGAGGCCACGGCCACCCCCGCGUCUCCUCCGGCUCCUCCGAGUCCAGGAACGGCCGCGGCCUGCAGGUCAUCCCGGAGAAGGCCUCCGCUGAGGACCAGCUCUCCGACCAGGACUUUUGAGCCGGUCGUGUUCUCCGGUACCCUACCCCUCCUCCGCUCCCACCCGCCCCCCCGCU